GUAUAAAGCGAUGUUACAAAGGAACGGCUCCCAGCUCCUUUUCCUAAUAGCCCUGUGCAGCGUGUUAUAUUCCCGGACUCAAUGUUUGCCAUAUGCAUCUAUGAGGUAGGUUAUUCAUUUAAAGAUGUAUUGUUUAUGUGCAUGAGGACAUGACUAAAAGAGCAUCAAUAGUUACUUUUGCCAGAGUUCAAGAACUGCAACGAUAUACUAACUUAUAUAAUGUUAAAGUGUUCUAACUUAUUCUUACUCUGGGGUUAAUGAAUAAACGCGAUAAUAAACAAUUAAUUACUUAAUCGACUAUAUCCUAGUACAAUACUACUUUCUAACAAUAAUAUUUAAGUCUUGAGAAAUCAUGUUUUAUGUUAUGUCGCCUAGGCUACUUUUAUGUAGGCCUAAUUGAAUAUUAUGUUGAAAGUAAUGAAUAAUCAGUGGAACGUGGUAAUUUCUUCCAAUGGAAUCUUGGAUGUUAGGAUACCCAGAGAGAAUGCAAAAAAACGAAUUUAAAAGUGUCUGUCCGUCUCAUGACAACAAAUGUUAUUUUUGUAUUGUCUAAGAGUAAUCGACAUACGCAUUUUUUUAAACCUAAUAUAGCCUAUUGGAACAGAAACCCCCGUUUCAGAUUUUUGCUGCACAUAACGACUAUUAACUGUUUUAUUCUGUUGGCAGACCGACGAGACACGCAGACGGUCUCUUUACUAGCGGAUACAGCAAACUUCUUGGACAGCUAUCGGCGCGGCGGUACCUGGAAUCCUUGAUCGGAAAGCGAGUCAGGUAGGCUCUAUUUUAUGCUUUUCUUUCAGAUCAACGCGCGGAGUUUGAUGUCCCGAUUAAAUGCGAAUAGAGCGCCUUUCAAAUUUCACAACAUUUAUAGAGUCAGAAAGCAUGACAGGAAUAUAUAUUCCACAAAAUUAUCUUCCUGUGACCUAUUUCUGUGAUUUUAGUCUCAGUGAAAACAUUUGGAUAUAUCCGUAAGAAUGUUGUAUUAGCAUAUCUGCCUUGAAAACUGUUAAUAACCUAAUUUGUUGUAAUUGUAAGAGAUUUGUCAUCUAAAUUGUGAUCUACUUAUGGUUUAAAUAACCCUAUUUAUUGGAUAGGUCCAGUAAAUUGGAUAGGUCCAAGGUUAGCAGAAGUCUCAAAAUGAUGGACUAAAAUGUGUUGUGGUUAAUUUGUCACAGUGAUGACAUGAUGGAGGACCAGGUACCAGUGAAGCGCCACUCAGAUGCCAUAUUCACAGACAACUACAGUCGCUUCCGCAAACAGAUGGCUGUGAAGAAAUACCUGAACUCGGUUCUGACAGGAAAGAGAAGGUGGGAACAAGCACAAUAAUGGGUUGUGUGUGUGUGUGUUUGCGAGUGUGUAUGUCAGCAUGUGCAGUUUUGCAGUGUGCCUCCACAGUGUGAGGACAGUACAAUGUACACUUCUUCUCUUUUCAGUCAAGAAGACCCUCCAAUGCAAGAAGAAUCUAGAAGUGAGCCCUCGUUUCAAGAGAGCUAUGAUGACGUCAACGUUGAUCACCUUCUCAAUAACUUCCAA